AGUGCUGUGUCACAUACUGUGUCAUGUUGAACAAACCUGUUCACAAAAGAAAGAAAACGCAACGGCUUCAGCGCCAGCUUCUUUCGGGCGGAUCACACCGUCUGAAGAGAAAUAUAAAACCUAAUAUUCAUCAUGUCUACUCAUGCUCUCGUCUCCCAAUACGUCCAGGACGUCAAGGAGCUCGACUCUUACCUUACCGGAUCUCCAAUCACAAUCACAGGAUCUGCCUUAUCCAUUUCUCAAAUUGCUGCUAUCGCACUCUACCCACCUUCAUCAUCCCCCGGCAGCAAUCCAGUUAAAAUUCAUCUUACUGAUGACCAACAUGUCAAAGCAAAUGUAGCUGCCUCCCGUGCUGUCAUUGAGAGCAAGGUCGCAGCGGGCAUUAGUGUCUAUGGUGUCAGCACUGGAUUUGGUGGCAGCGCAGACACAAGGACAGAUGAUCCUAUUGCGCUCGGUGCUGCUCUCCUCCAGCACCAGCAUGCCGGCGUCAUUCUCCCUACUUACGCGCCGAGUCCCUCCACUGCUAUCCCCACCCUCUCGUCUUUCAAUAACAACCCUUUACCUUCCCCCGCCCCGCUCUCUGACCCAUUCACCAGCACUACUAUGCCACCACCUUGGACACGUGCCGCUCUCCUUGUCCGCGCUAACAGUCUCAUGCGCGGACACAGCGGUGUCCGCUGGGAACUUGUCGAGAAAAUGGCAGAACUCCUUAAUAAGGGCGUUACCCCUGUCGUUCCCAUGAGGGGCAGCGUCAGUGCCAGUGGCGACCUGUCCUCCCUUUCCUACAUUGCCGCAACACUAAUUGGAAAUCCCGCUAUCAGGGCUUGGGUUCCCAUGCCUCAUCCGUCUUCAGCCAUAUCUAGCACUUUCUCAACCCCCUUGUCAACUGGAACAUCUUCGCCACACUCCUCGCCCGAAUUGUCACCCUUCGCCACGUCCACCCCCCUGCCGCCCUCAGCCGAUACCCUUACCCUACCCACAGAUACUCCAAAAACAGACAGUCACGGAUCAUACGCCCUCCUUCCUGCCUCGCAGGCCUUGCAGGUUGCCGGCAUCACCCCCCUCCCGCUCUCGAGCAAGGAGCACUUGGGGAUCCUGAAUGGCACGGCGUUUAGUGCAGCUGUGAGUGCAUUGGUUGUGAGAGGCGCACGGGGAGUGGGCGUGUUGGGUGCCGUCCUAACAGCCAUGUCCGUUGAAGCGAUGCUCGGCGCGAGGGGCAGCUUUGAUCCCUUUGUCAGCGAGGCAAGGCCACACAUUGGACAGAUCCACUCUGCACGUCUCAUGCACACUCUGCUCGCUGGGUCUUCCUUUGCAAGCGAACAUGAGAUAGAAGUCAAGAUUGAGGAUGAUGCCGGCGUGUUGAGGCAGGACCGUUACUCUCUCCGGACAGCCCCCCAAUGGCUCGGCCCCCAGUUCGAGGACCUCGCAAAUGCAGCGCAGGUAAUCACGACCGAGGUUAACUCCACCACCGACAACCCCCUUAUUGAGCCCCCUUCUGCGUCAAAUAACCAGACUGGACAGGUCCACCAUGCAGGCAAUUUCCAAGCGCUUGCCCUGACGAACGCGAUGGACCAUGUCCGUCUCAGCCUCGCGCACAUCGGGAAACUGAUGUUCGUUCAGCUUACGGAGAUUCUGAACCCAGCCAUGAACCGGGGCUUGUUCCCGAAUUUGGCGGGUGGAGAGGUCGGAUUGGAUUUCGCGUUCAAGGGAGUGGAUAUCGCUGCUGCGUCGUAUGCGGGCGAGUUAAAUGCACUUGGUGGAAUGAACGUAGGCGUGGGCAAUGUGAGCGCUGAGAUGCACAAUCAGAGCGUCAAUUCACUCGCGCUCAUCUCAGCACGGUACACCCUCACUGCACUUGAAGUGUCCACUCUUCUCGCCGCCUCACAUCUCAUCGUGAUAUGCCAGGCGCUCGAUCUUCGCGCACUCGGCGAGGAGCUGCGUAUAGUGCUCCCAGGACUCAUCCGCUCAUCCCUCCUCGAUGCCUUCCCUUCGCUUACUGAAAACUCCACGACUACCUCGCUUGUGGCCGCUAUCAUUCCGGCACUAACAGAGGCGCUCGACCGCACAACAACGCUAGAGACAAACGCACGGAUGCACAAGGUUGCAGGCGCGUGCGUGGUACCGCUCAUCACGGCACUCUCAACCUCUCCAGUGCAAGGUGCAGAGCUUGGGGCCCUCCCGGUGUUCAUUGCAUCCCUUGCCGCGGGGCUAGCGAAGAAGCUGACAGAGCUGCGAUGCGCUUAUCUGGGCGCACAGCCGAACGCAGUGCGUGGUGCAAGCCCGAGUACUGAGGAGACAAAGGUGGCAUGGCGCGGGCCCACCCCAGCAAGCAAGUACCUCGCACCGCGGACGCGUGCACUGUACGAGUUUGUAAGGGUGACACUAGGCGUGCGAAUGCACGGGGCUGCGAAUCUCAGGGGAGAUGUGUUUGGGAUGCAGGAUGGCCUAGAGGGUGAGGAUGGGACCAUUGGGAACGGGGUCUCUGUUAUUUGUGAGGCGAUUAGGGAUGGAAGGGUUGGGCGGGUUGUGGUGGGGAUGCUUGAGGGCAUCGAGGGGUUGUGAGGAGCCUUCGCAGUCCUUCCACGGAGGCUGACUCCCAGGCGUCCGUGUGCUUACAGCUUGAGCAGAUUUGGAGAGGCGGCCACUUCCUACAGCGCCGUCAUCCUCUUACUUUUAUUUGUUUGAUAUUCACGAAAAUUUCUUUGAUAAUCGACAUCCUUUCAUGCAUCACUACGUUACCAUAUACUAGCCUCCACGCAUUUAUUUCCUACACUGUUCAACAAUUCCCCGUCUAUAUCAUGCAUAACAGGCCUCUUAGAUAGAUUUAUCGUGUCUAAUAGAAUUCCUUGACGCGUA